GAGAACUGACAGUUUAAACAAAAAUAAUCGAAAAUAAAAUUAAUAAUUUUUUAAAACAUUAAUUUUGGUGCUUUUUACAUAACAACGUAAAUUAUCAAACCAUUAUAAUGACGGCAUAUCUGAAGAAAGUUUUAUCAUUGUUGGCUUUCAUGUUAUCUUUUUAUCUAAGCGUUGCGUUAGAGAUUCCAGAACAAUUCCAAAAGUCGAACCACACCAAUAAUUGGGCGGUGUUGGUUGAUACAUCAAGGUUUUGGUUCAACUAUCGGCAUGUAGCGAACGUGCUGUCAAUAUACCGCAGUGUGAAGCGGUUAGGAAUACCUGAUAGCCAGAUAAUACUGAUGAUAUCCGACGACAUGGCCUGUAAUCCUAGGAAUCCCCGACCGGCGAAUAUUUUCAACAAUGCCCUUGAACAAAUAAAUGUUUAUGGCGAUGACGUUGAAGUGGAUUAUAGGGGCUAUGAGGUUUCAGUUGAAAACUUUGUGCGGCUUCUUACUGGCCGUGUGCCUCCAGACACACCAAGGUCUAAGCGUCUUCUUACUGAUGAAGGGAGCAAUAUACUCAUAUACUUGACUGGACAUGGUGGAGAUGGUUUUCUUAAAUUUCAAGACUCAGAAGAAGUAACAAGCCAGGAGCUUGCAGAUGCGUUUGAGCAAAUGUGGCAGAAAAGAAGGUAUAAUGAGAUUUUCUUCAUCAUUGACACAUGCCAAGCAUCUUCCAUGUAUGAAAAGUUCUAUUCGCCAAACAUACUUGCAACUGCCAGCAGUUUAGUGGGAGAGGAUUCACUUUCUCACCAUGUUGAUGCAGCUAUAGGAGUGUAUAUUAUUGAUAGAUACACCUAUUAUGUUUUAGACUUCUUGGAAAAUGUUUAUCCGGAUAGUAAGAAGACAAUGUCGGAAUUUUUUGCAGUGUGUCCGAAAAGUGUCUGUAUAUCAACAGUUGGUGUUCGUAAAGAUCUGUUUAAGAGAGAUACGAGCAAAGUGCCUAUAACAGACUUCUUUGGAUCUGUUAGGGUGGUCAUCAUAACCACUGAUCCCAUUGAUAUUCAAGAUGUACCAAAGCGAAAGAAGAAAUUAUCAUUGAACAAAACCAAAGUAUAUGAAAAAAGGGAAUACCUACCUCAGUUCCCUAUGCAUCUAGUCAAGACUACAGUAUAAGUUAUCUAUUAUUAGUCCUAAUUGUAGAAAAUAAAAUAAUAAAAAAGGUUAGUGCCAUUUUA